AUGUCCACGAAGCCAGGAGCCGAGAAUGCGGGCGCAGUGAGUGCUCCCGGAUCGAGGACGGCAUUUCUUGCAAACACGGCCGGGCGCCAGUUCUGCAGCCGCGCCUGUGCCAGAAAGGCGGUCGGUAAAACAAUAUGGACAGCGCUCAUCGAAAACUCGGGUGGCGAGGCGUACUGCAGGCUUCCUGAUUGCCCACAAAAAGCCCUGCCCUGUGGGACAUGGCGGUCCCUUAGCUUCUGCUCUGAAGCUCACCGCAUUUUUUUCGCUCAGCGGGCGCCCGUCCCAUUCAGACAAUGGAGUGCAGAGCCGUACACAACACACGUGAUGGUUGCUCAUCAGACCACCUCAUCCCCGCUCAAGCUGCACUUCCUCGACGAAGGACACCCGACGCACAAGUCGCUGGCUGACCAGUUUACCUCCAAGUGGUUGCACUCGAAACCGAAGCGGGGCGUGGAGGUCUUGAACGUAAUCAAGAUCGAGGUUCCCCGCGAUGUUCGAGAGAGGCACGAGGACUACAAAACAGCGGUUCCGAAUGUCCGACGCCGAUUUCACGGCACUUUCGCCUCAAGCAGCUGCCAGUUUUACGUUGGGGGACCCAUAUGUCUACGCCCUGACUGCGGGCUAUGCAGCAUAUGCACGCACGGCUUUGAGCUCGGGGAUAACGUUGGCGAGUCACCAGCGAGAGGCAACAAGAUUCACUGGCUCAUGUACGGGAAGGGGCUCUACUUCAGCAGCGUGUCCGGCAAAGCGAAUGACUUCUCCGCAGAGACCGAAAAGGUUGGUCCGCACCUCAACUACGACGAGCUUGUCGUGUACGACCCGGCCGCCGCCCUGCCGACCCACUUCGUCGUGUACAGGGUAUAAGGACCCCCGCUGCCUCACCCAACUUCGAGAUUGAGGACGGGGGGACGGGCAAUGAGCGGUUCCAUAUGUAGCUCCAAACGCACCAACGACCAAGGAAGAAACAAGCGCGGUGAUGAGGGCCGAUCACACUUGGCAAGGGGUUGACGGGGCCCACAGGUGGCCGGUGGGGCACGUUAUGGGAGGUCAUGCCCGCGCAUAACCUGCCCGGGUUGGAUAUACGCUGUAUAACCUCUUCAUGCUGGGUUACCAACCGCCGGUUUUCUAUCGGGUUAGGAAAUCAAUUUUAACCUUGCCUU